AUAAAAACAAUGUAUGAAAUAUUAUUUCUUCUGAGUAUUGCUCGAAUUCUAGAAAAUAAAGCUUGGUUACUGAAUCUAACUCAAAUUUUUAUAUACAUAUUAAAUUUUAUCCGAUUUCUACUUAUUAUUAGUGUACAGAAAAAUAAACCUACACCUAAUUCUUUCUAGAGUAGUUCGUUUUACUCACUGGAGAAAUUUACCCAGGAUGAAAAAAAAAUGAAAGAGAUCACAAUGAUGGCCACAACGAUGAUGAGAAAUAGUAACGAUAAGAGAAAAAAAACAAGAAAGAAUGGCCAAUAGUCGAAUCAUACAGCUUAUCCUGAGAUUCUCGAUUGGCUAUCGCCAAGGAGAGUGGGGUAUUACAGAAUUAUAAGAGUGGGGUAUUAUAGAAUUUAUAGGGUAGGGGGUUGUUGAAUGAAUAGCGGGACGCUCAACCUUUCGACGCACUCGGUCGCAUCCGCCCCGACAGACAGCCGGCAAACCGCGCGGCCGUACAGUCUGAGUGUGUACGUGAAGAAACCGCCCCGUAACUGCUUCGAUCCAAAGAGUUUACGUCAAGGAAGUGGAGGAGCAAAACGAGCGAACAAACGAUACGACGUGUUGGGAAGAUAAAACUACACGAAUAACACAUCUUGUUGGCGUUACUACACGACGAUAAUUUAAAAUUAAUCAGAAUACGCGCGUAUCGAAAUAAGAAUGGAAACGAUCUCAAGAUUACUCCUGAUGUUGAUACCGAACGCGUUGUGGGUGAUAACCAGCUAUGCGGCACCUCUAUUAGAUACGAAGGACACUUGGAGUAGAGAUGUUUUCCCACCUGUAAUUAAGACGUGUUCCGACGGACAAUGUUGGGAAUUGCUACCAAUAUCGGAAACAUACGGCAACAUCGUACCAAAAAAAGACGGCGACAUUUCCAGAUUGCAAUCUCAGCACUACAUUGCAGACCCGGUAUCCGAAUUCACGUUAAAAUCAUGGAGGGAUCAUACAUUGGAAGAGCCGGGACGAGAAAUUCGAGCUUCUUUGCCAACAAAUAAACAAAUGCCUAUUAAAAUCACCAAAAAAGAUGUAUUCGUGUCCCGUAGCUGGCGAGCAGGCGGCAUGCCUUUCUCCGUUUUGUACAUGAAUCCGCAUACUUCAAGAUCAAAUCAUGCUGUCGCAACAACAUUGAGUAAGUAUAUGUUAAGAAAGAUAUUAAAAAAAUUCUUCAGCUUAAAAAAGUGGAGAUAAGUUAUAUGAAUUUUCAUUCGCAUAUACACGGAAAACAGUAUCAAAUAUUAGUAUCAAACUAAUUAAAACUAAUAUAUUCUAUUUAACAAUCAUUGUGAUAUAUAAGUAAGAAAUAACAUUCUAUAAAUAAAUAUAUGAAAC